AAAGUCCACUUGUAGGUGGUGGCUUUUGCUUGUGUGGGGUUUGGUUAGAUUUCUGGAGCUACCUUAGUAAACUAGCUGUUAACUAGCUUUAAACUAGUGACAUACAGUUUAUAAAAACAUUUGUAUGGUGCAACGACAAGCAGCUUUUUUUCUCAGGAAAGGUGUUUAAUAUAAUCACCGAAUGGAAAGACAGUUGCAUUUGAAUUUGUUAGCUUCCAGACCCCCGAUGGCUGGAGGUUUACAGUCGGGCUCUAAAAUGAAAAUGGGACCUGGAAGAAAGCGUGACUUCUCUCCCCUGCCUUGGAGUCAGUAUUUUGAAACCAUGGAAGAUGUGGAAGUGGACAAUGAUAACAGCAAAGACACAUUCAGGAUCUACAGCAGUGGUUCUCACGGUCCGGUGUUGCUUCUGCUUCAUGGAGGAGGCCACUCUGCUCUCUCCUGGGCCGUCUUCACUGGAGUGAUAUGUAGCAGGAUUAAGUGCAGGGUUGUAGCUAUGGAUCUCAGGGCACAUGGAGACACAAAAGUGAAAAACCCAGAAGACUUGUCAGCUGAAACAAUGGCCAAGGAUGUCGGGAAAGUUGUGGAAGCUCUUUAUGGUGAAAACCCACCCCCAAUAAUGAUCAUCGGUCACAGCAUGGGUGGAGCAAUAGCGGUCCACACUGCUGCAGCCAAUCAUGUGCCAUCAUUGCUGGGCCUGUGUGUGAUUGACGUAGUGGAAGGUACAGCGAUGGAUGCCUUAAACAGUAUGCAGAAUUUUUUAAGGAGUCGACCAAAAACUUUCAAGUCAGUGGAGAAUGCUAUUGAAUGGAGUGUGAAGAGCGGCCAGAUCAGGAAUAUCGAGUCUGCACGCGUGUCAAUGGUUGGACAAGUAAAAAAGGAAAUUUAUUUAUUUUUUGAAAGAUGUGAUGAGCCUUUGAGCAGUCCUGGCAUUUCUAAGAGCAUCAGUGAAGGCAUCAUUGAGGAAGAGGAGGAAGACGAGGAAGACGGCGAGUCCAACCACAAAAGGAAGAAAGAUGACGACCAAGAGGUGAAGAAAGAGAGUCUGUUCACCUGGCGCAUUGAGCUGUCUAAGACGGAGAAGUACUGGGAGGGCUGGUUCAGAGGCCUGUCCUCUCUCUUCCUUACAUGUCCUGUGCCAAAGCUACUGCUACUGGCUGGCGUUGACCGACUGGAUAAAGACCUAACCAUAGGACAGAUGCAGGGAAAGUUCCAGAUGCAGGUUCUCCCACAGUGUGGCCAUGCUGUUCAUGAGGAUGCACCUGAAAAAGUAGCUGAUGCUUUAGCCACCUUCAUGGUGCGGCAUAAGUUCACUGAAUUCAAAGAAGACUUCCCCUGACAAUGUACAGUCUCUGCUAGCCUUCAUCCAUCAACUUGGUGAAAGUGAUGAAAACCAUCCGUCUCUGUCGCUCAUCAUCAGAAAGUACAGUAUGAUCACCAACAUGCCACCAUCUCUGCUGCAAAUCCUUCUUAGCGCUCCUUAAAUAUUUUUUGUCCAUUUUAAAAGAAAUUAGGUAUGAUUUUGUUUGAUUACCAUAACUGCUUUAGCAGGAUGUUUAGAUCUUAUGCCAAGAUUGUAGGAUCACUGAAACUGGCAGAUUUUAUUUAUUCUUUUUUUUUUCUGCAAUAAAGGGUGGGGUUUUUUAUUUUAUUUUUUUAAUUUGCAUUUCAUCCAAUGCCUUGCUUGUUUAUUGUUAAAAGUAGGAUGACUGCAUCAUGUGUUCUGUGUUAUUCAUUGACAAUUUUCAAAGAUUGAAAAAUAAAGAAUGUUUGAACAAGUU